AUGGAUGGGCCACCGCCACCAGAGGAGGACUUCUCUGCUCUCCCAAUACCCGAGCGUCUCACGCACAAGAACUGGAAAGCUCGCGUCAGUGCAUACGAAACACUGGUCAAACUCUUCCAAACUACCGCGUCCGACACUGAUCCUGCAUUCAAACCUUAUCUUAAUAACCCGGAUCUACUAAAGAAGAUAGUAACUGACUCUAAUGCAGUUGCUCAAGAGAAGGGUGUGGAGUGUCUGGUGGCAUUUGUUAAAUACGCUGGCGAAACUGCAACCAAAACGAGAGAGGUCGUUGUACCCGCUUUGGUAGAAAAAUGUUUUGGCUCUUCGCGUGCUGGCACGAAAGCGCAAGCCCUUGAAUUGACACUGCAGUAUGUGGAGGUUGAGAACGGCGGUGUCCGGGGUUGUGCAUUCUCUCUGCAGGCUGACAUUCUACCGGGUCUUGGGGCUAAGCAGCCGAAGACAGUUUCAGGAUGUGUUCUAGCUCUUAAGGAGAUCGUACGAUUUUGCCCAAGAUAUUCUUCCCAUUCUGACAAGACCGUUCGCGCCGAAGGGACGACACUCGCACAGACUCUAUACCAAUAUGUGGGUCCCGGCAUUGAGCCAUGGUUAGCGGACCUCAAGCCUGUCCAAGUCAAGGAGUUGAAAGAAUCUUUCGACGCCAUGGACAACGAUGGUAAAGGUAAAGGAACCUUGAAGCCUGAGCGAUUAACCCGGGCCGCUGCACGGGACGCUGAGCUUGCAGAAGCAGCCAGUGGAGGUGAUCCCGCCGACGCAGUUGAAGAAGGUGAGUUUAUUCUUCCAAACAUGACAUAUGGUUUUGAAUGCGCAGUAGAGCCUGCGGAUAUGGACCCUCGUGCCUUCGCUGAACCGGUGGACAUUGUAUCCAAGUUGCCCCCUGCGUUGCAAGCAGGACUUACGUCGUCGAAAUGGAAAGAACGAAAAGAGGUUCUCGAUGACCUCUCCGCUCUACUCUCGGCCACCCCUCGAAUCAAGGAAGCGUCAGAACUGGGGGAUCUCGCGAAGUCUCUAGCAGUCUGCAUUCAGAAGGACGCGAAUAUCAACUGUGUUAUGACGGCAGCUGCGUGCAUGCAAGCACUCGCCAAGGGCAUGAUGUCCUCGUUUGCUAGAUAUCGAGAGAUGGUUGUACCAGUGAUGUUAGAGAGGCUGAAGGAACGCAAAGCAACCGUUACUGAUUCCAUAGGCUUAGCUCUGGACGCAGUUUUCUCCACGACUACUCUAGCUGAUAUCAUCCCUGAUCUUGGGACAGCCCUAUCAUCCAAGAAUCCACAGGUCAAAGAAGGGACCCUGAAAUUUCUUGGUCGGUCAUUAGCGUCUGCCACUUCUCCAAUACAGCCCCCGCAAGUCAAACCACUAGCUGAAACUCUCGUUACCCUCCUAGAAGAUAGUUUCGAAGGCGCUAGAAACGAAGCUGCUAAUUGCCUCGGCACGUUGAUGAAGAUGGUAGGGGAGAGACCGUUGAACGCCAUGGUGGAAGCAGUUGCAGAUGUCAGGAAAACCAAGAUCAAAGAGGCAUACGAGAAAGCUACGGUAAAAUGUAAAGCCGGCGGAGCUGCACCACCUAGAGCUGCACCUGCUGCACCACCGCCGGCAGCCGCUCCCAAGAAGAAGGCACCGGCACCAAUGCCUGUCGUCGUAGAAGACGAGCUUUUGGAGUCACCUCCGCUCAGGAAACCCUCAGCAAAGCCUCCUGCGCGACUUCUGGCUCGAACUCAAAGUUCCGGGAACGCUCCCGCCGCUGUCGCGCCUCCUCCCAAGAAAGCCCCACCGCCGAUCUCCGCAAAAUCAUCCAAACCGCAAGCACCUAGCGCACCUGGAACUCUAGAUACUUUCAAAUUCAAGCAUACACCAGAAGACGCAGAGACUCUGGCAGCUGACGCAAUACCCUCUUCACUCUUGAGAGAUCUUGCAGAUGCAAACUGGAAAACCAGAUUGGCUGCCUUAGACGAAAUGUCGACUUGGCUCGACGGCGUAAUUAACGAUUUUGAUGCAGAAGUUUUAGUUAGAGCCUUAGCCGGAAAAGGCUGGUCGGAGAAGAAUUUUCAGGUGUCAUCCAAAAUAUAUGGAAUAUGUGCCACCCUCUCCGAGCGAUGUCCCUCAUUUGGAAGGUCUUGCGUGGCACUAUGCGUUCCUCAUAUGAGCGAAAAGCUGGGGGAUAUGAAGUUGAAGAAACCCGCCGGCGACGCUCUUAUCUCUUUUGCGGAGAGCACAUCUUUGCAGUUCGUCUUGAAUCAAGCUUACGAGCCCUUGUCAAAGCAGAAGGCUCCGAAAGUGCUUGCCGACGCCAUCGGCUGGAUGAAUGUCGCCCUAACCGAGUUUGGCAUCGGCGGACUGUCCCUUCGCAGCCUCAUCGAUUUUCUAAAGGGCGCGUUACAAAACUCCAAUGCCACCGUCAGAACAAGCGCCACAAAAACUCUCGUGACAGUCAAAUUGUUCGCCGGAUCAAGCAUCAAGGAUUUACUGGAAGACCUCAAUCCUCAGCUGCUGAACACUAUAACCGCAGAAUUUGACAAGGUUGAAGGUCACGCUCCUCCAGAUCCUAUUCGGACGUCGGCCGAUGCAGUCAGCGCGCCUGCGGCUUCCUCUGGCGGAGGGUCAGGUCAUGUCGACGCCUUAGAUGACCUCUUUCCCCGAGUUGAAGUGGACGCACUCCUCAAAGGGACUACAAUUUUAGCGGAUGCGAAGAGCGAUGCCUGGAAGACAAAGAAAGAGGCACUCGAAACGUUCCAAUCCAUCCUGGAUCAAGGCAGCAACAAGCGACUGAAACCAAAUAUGGGCGAGAUAACCCAAGUGCUCAAGGCGAGAGUCACUGACACUAAUAAAGCUGUUCAGACUCUUACACUCGACAUUGUGGGACGUAUCGCCACGGGUAUGGGCAAGCCGUUUGAGAAGCAAUGUCGAUUUUUUGUUCAUCCAGUAACGACCGUUCUGUCUGAUCAAAAGGCACCUAUUCGAACAGCUGCUCUGCUGACAUUGAGUGCCAUUGCCAGUGCGUGCGACGGCCUCGAGCCCAUGGUUCCAGGUAUACACAGUGGCCUUGAAACAUCCAAUCCCAUGCAAAAAGGCACAUUACUUCACUGGAUAGCCGAUUGGUUCAAAGAACACCCCCCUCUGUCUUCGCUCGACUUGAGCACCUGGGCAUCGCCCAUCGUCGUGUCGUUAGACGACCGGAAUGCAGAUGUUCGCAAGGCUGCACAAGCUCUUCUACCAUCGUUGAUUACAUGCGCUGGAUUCGAUUAUGUGAUGCAGCAGACAAACUCUCUGAAGCCUGCUUCUCGUGGAAGUGCAGUACCGCUCAUACAAGCCGCUCGUUCAGCGGGUUCCCCUACCUUGCCCACAACCGCAGCGUCGACACAGCCGCCUAAGACCUCCAAAUCCCUUCUGAAAGCCGCAGCACCAGAGUUACCUUCAUCUAGCUCUCCUCCUGAUUCACCUGGGACGUCGGCUCCUCCAUCAAGGGCAGGAGGCAAGGUUUCAGGCGUGAGGCGCAAACUGCCCCAAGGAAAUCGUCCAGAGUCUCGGAGCGAGACUCCAACGGAACCCAUGGCUUCUCGUGCAUUGAAACCUCCAUCUGGAGCACUAAAACGUCCAGGAGCAUCUUCUACUCUUGCAAGACCUCCCGUGGCCCAAGCUCUUCCUCCUCCAACUUCUUCGCCUCUUUUCGGCACGAAUCUAGACAGCAGAAAGGCUAGAUGCGGGAAGGACUCCCACAAGUGGGUCAACGAAGGCGGACCCACACGUAAAGACCUAGCGGAACUUUUACAGAACCAAAUGGAGUCGCACGCAACCAAGGAACUUAUUGGACGCUUGUUCAGUCAUGAUCACAAUGCCGUCAAUGACCACGUAGCCGGUCUAACAAUGAUGUGCGAGCUAUACAACGGUCCGCAAUUAGGCGACGACUCGGUAGAAAGUAUUUGCCUCGCAAAUUUUGAUCUUCCUUUAAAAUAUGCAUCCAUCAAAGCCCAUGAACCCCAACCCAAUCUCAUUUCCAAAUGUCUUGAAAUUGUCGAGACUGUUUUGGCCUUCCUCCGUAUGGCUAAUCAACAACUCACCGAUAACGAGGCCCUGUGCUUCAUACCAACCAUCAUUUUCAAGCUGGGCGACGCCAGGGAACAAGUGAGGGUGAGAGUACAACAAAUAAUCCAGGACCUACCCAAGGUCUAUGCGUAUAGCCGAGUCUUUCAGCUUCUACUGGAUUAUGGUCUAAAGUCAAAAGUGGCGAAGACGCGACAAGGGUCCCUGGAUGAAAUGGGUAGUAUUCUCAGAAAAUCGGGAAUGGGCGCCUGUGAACCAUCCAAGGCGUUUCCGGUGAUCGCUACAAUGAUAUCUGAUAAAGAUUCCCAAGUCCGGAAAUCAGCUCUUGGUGCUCUGAGUGAAGGAUACAUGCUUGUAGGCGAGAAGGUUUGGUCUCUCAUAGGCCCGUUACCUCCCAAAGACAAGACCCAGCUGGAAGAACGUUUGCGUCGUGUCGCUGGUCCUAGCAGCCACGACAAAGUCGAGCCGUUGGCACCACCUCAAGUAGCUCGUCUGGCUGGCCUUCCCAGACCAGGUUCACCUGCUACUACUUCAAGAAUCGCAGGAAUCCCCCGCCCUGGCUCUCCUGCAACAAACUCCCGAAUUGGAAUCCUUCCUCGUCCAGCCAGCCCGGCUUCCAGACUGGCAAGACCUGCUUCUCCUGUCGGUCAGCGAUCCUCAUCCCCAUCUACCUCUGGCCCUCCGUCUCGGCUAACGCGUCCACCAAUCGCCGCACCUCAGUCUCCAACAGGGCUUUCUCGACCGAAGAGCUUGCUUCCGUCACGUUUGGGUCGGCCUCGAACAUCGCCAUUGGAAGAAUCAUCGGACAUCACCGUCACUAUAUCCAGCAUCCUAAGUAGCGAUCCGUCAAGAAGCGUGGACGCUCUUAAGAAGGUCCAAAGAAUUUUGUCUUCCGGCCCGGAUGCAGCACCUUUCUCUGCUCAGUAUCGAGAGCUUGCAGAACAUGUUGAAGGGUUGGUAGAAACCAUCACCCUGCAGAUGGCUCAUAUUUUCGAGCGUCCCGAUGACCUUAUUCUGGAUGAAAACUUCAGGUUGGCCAAGCAUCUCAUUCAGACCCUGAACAACUUUUGUGAUCAUGCAUUCCUCGCCGAAUCCUUAACAAUCGAUAUACUCACUUCUUUACUGGAAGAGCUCACGCUCCGCCUCUUGGAGACUGACGACAGCUCUGUCAAGAAGAUUAAAGACCUCUCACGUUUUAUCAACAUGAUUAUAUUGCGACUGUUCGCCACUGGACGGAGGAUGUCUAUCUUCAGGGCUCUGUUCAAUCUUCUUCUCCAAGUAGUAAAGCCUUUCCCGAGCAACGGCACGAUGCCCGACUCAAGGGAAGCCAAAGUUGCUGAAUUGGUUCUCAAAUGCGUUUGGAAACUGGCCCGUAACAUCCCCCAAGAUCUUUCUGAACAGAAACUUGACCCGGUGGAAUUGUUCCCUGCUAUUGAGCAUUUCUUACAGUCUGUACCUCCCAAUGAGUGGCGCGCACGAGCCACCAACAAGGUGCCUUGUGGGGAUAUGCCACUGAGAACUGUUAAAGUCAUAAUUCAACACGUUGUCGCACAUUAUGGAGAUGACGUGUACGAUCUGCUCUCUGCGUCAUUUGACGAUCCUUCGGCGACCAUCGUAUAUCCAUAUGUCUACCGAAUCUUGAACUCAAGUAACCGGCCCAACCCCGACGCACCCCGCCAAAACGGUGAAGAGUCUGGUGUACCUCGACCCGUUUCGAUGACAUCCAGUCGACCCAUGUCGCCUCAAGGAACCGGAUCAGAGGCAACGUCUCAUCGGCAUUCGCCGCCCAGUCAUAGAUCAAGUCCCAGCGGUUCUUCUAUGAACGGAAAUGGUAUCCCACCUCCACCAACAGAGGAACCCGAUCCGGAUGUCCAGCUACUGACCAUCAUUGGCCACAUUUCAAGUGAGACUACGGGGGCAUUGCAUAAGGAAGGGAUCACGGAGCUCCAUCAUUUCCUAAAGGCAUAUCCACACAAGAGACCCAGGGUGGAAAAAAUGCUUGAAUCUACCGGGGCCGCAUUUCGGAAGUACAUCAACCGUGCGCUUGCCAGUAGGGCAGCUGAGGAUCAAGAAAGAGAUGUUGCAGUUGCAGAUGCUUUUGACAAGUUAGAGGCCAACCGCCCAGGAACAUCGGCUUCAUCUCGUACGGCUGAAACUUCUCCAAUGUCGCCGACAUCACCACAGCGGACGAGCACUGAACUUCCGGUCAGUCAAGACAGGUUGUCGAGACUCCACGACCUAUUUCAUUAUCGAUCUAGUACGCUGAGCAAUGGGUCGUCACAAGGAAAUAGUGCACCUUCGGAGACGAAACAAUCACUGAGCUAG